GACAGGUGUUAUUUGCCCCCUGUCCUGAGGGGGGCGGUGAAGAAGAAGAAAUACCGGAAGAAGAGGAAACAGAAGAAGAAGAAAUCGAAAAAAGACGAGGGAACAGAAGAAGAGAAGUCCGAACAACAAGGAGAAAAGAGACAAAAUGCAUCAGUGGGAUCUGUCUCUGUUCUCAGUUACUCCAGCUGCCAGUCUGUUGUCCAGAUGUGUCUCGAGAGGAGCUGUGUGUCAGGAGGAAAUAGACUCAGUCUCCUCAAAGCGAAGCCCCGCCUUCUCCUCUCACCUGCAAGAGGCCGAGCAGCGAAUCAGAGCAGUCAAACAGCUGGAUGAGCUGCACUUGGAGGCGGAGCUUCUGCAGGUAGUGAAGGAGAGUGCUGAUGUCACACACUCACGUUUCCUUGCUGGCAGGUUCCAGAUGUUGCAGAUGUUGAGUGAUCACCUGCAGCAGCUGCUGAAGGAGCUGAACAGUCUGAGACAGAGACUGACGACACCGCCAGGUCACACCCACCUGCCCGUUCACGCUCACCUGCACAGGUAUGUGCUGGAGGUUGUGAAGAUGUCUCUGGACUUCAUGGAGUCACUGGAGGAGAAGCUGGACUCAGUCCACAGCUGUAGCUCCACCACAGACCGACUGUCUCAGCUGAGUAUCUCUCUCGCCCAGUUGCUGGCUCAGACGGCUGACUUACAGAAUCUGUCCAAUCAGGUUCCUCAGUGGAGAGACGUGCACCUGUGACCUCUGACCCCUCACAUGUACUUUCUCUAAUAAACUCAGUUUGUGGUGGAAACUGUUCUGUUCUUUAAAUGGUGAUUAGAACCAAGCUGUCGUUAGCGAGUUGGGCGACACGUGCACAGAUCGAUCUCGUGAAUACGUCGACUCCUGAACGUCUUAUGGAAGUCUGCUGCGCACAGUCAAGGCAUGCAUAACCCUUUAUUUAUUAAAGAAAAUCUUAUUUGACUUGAAAUGAGGAAAUAAGAUUUAAUUUGUUACAAGAGUGCACUUCACUUCAGUGUGAAAGUUGUAAAUAAGCUUGUGUUGGGUGCCCAUUGCUUUGCUGUAAACCUUUCAUACCUUUUCAAUGCUUUUUAAUAAAUACUUGAUUGAACCAUUCGGAGAA